AUGUACUUCGGUAAAUGGGAUUUGUUGCUCAUGUUGUGGUGGUGGAAGCUGGUUCCACUGGCGCAAUGUUUCACCGUUCAUAUCAGUGAGGAUGCGGGUACAAGGACAGUGGUUGCCGGCGUGGAGCGGGGCGCACGGUGCACUUUGGAUCAGGUACUCGCACCCAAAUUCACGGAGCGCUUUUUGGAGACUGACACGGCGGAAGGCAUCGUGUUUGUAUCGGACUUGAUAAAGUGCUCCUCGCUGCCUUCAAACCCCUUCACUUUGUACACUGUGGCGGACUGCACGGACUCCGGCCACAAGCAUCUCCUCACCAGUCAGUACGACGUGCAUGUUCACGGUAGGAACUGUUCACACAAGCGUAAAAGAAAAGCGCAGUGGGAUAUGGAGGUCCUCAGUUUGUUUAGCGCCCACCGCCGCCCCAGCACAGAGUGCCACCAAGCAUCCUCUGUUUUAUUUCCAGUGGGAAGGCUGCUGCCUGGCCCCCCACUCCGCUGCAAGGUCGCCAACAACCGUGCGUUUUACUUCUCAGAUGGGGAUUUGUUUGUGUCUGAAACUCUUUGCUGGAAGCAGGACACCCUCUUGGAACUGGACAUGCUCUGUGAUGUUCUCACAGGAAAUGGGCUGAUUGUCAGCCCCAUCUCCAUCCACUGGCGCGUGGGGCAGGGUCCCUUCAGGCAGGGCCACAUACAUAAGCUUUUAGAAAAAGCAGCUCAAUCUGAUUCAGGUAUUGUGAGCAGAAAGAGGAGAAGCAUCAACAGCAGCCCUCAGUUUCAGCCCCCAAUGUACCAAGUGUCUGUGGCAGAGAACAAGCCAGCUGGGACUUCAGUUGUGGUUCUGAAAGCAGUGGAUGUUGAUGAGGGGGAGGCGGGCAGGCUGGAGUAUUUCAUAGAGGCUCUCUUUGACAGCCGCUCAAACAAUCUUUUUGCUGUGGACCCGGUCAGCGGUGCCGUGUCAACAGUAGAGGUGCUGGACCGGGAAACAAAAGACACCCAUGUGUUUCGUGUGACAGCGGUUGAUCAUGGCACGCCACGACGGACAGCAAUGGCCACCCUCACUAUCACAGUCAGUGACACCAAUGACCACAACCCUGUGUUUGAGCAGCAGGAUUAUAAGGAAAGCAUCAGGGAGAACUUAGAAAUUGGCUAUGAGGUGUUAACAGUGAGAGCUACAGAUGGGGAUGCACCUGUCAAUGGUAACAUCCUGUACCACAUCCUCAACAGUAAUGGUUCCAAUGAUGUUUUUGAGAUAGAUUCCAGGUCUGGCGUAAUCCGAACCAAAGGCCUUGUAGACAGAGAGGAGGUGGAGGCCUAUAUGUUGUUAGUAGAGGCAAAUGAUCAGGGUCGUGACCCCGGACCCCGCAGUGCCACAGCUACAGUUCAUAUUGUGGUUGAGGAUGACAACGAUAACGCUCCUCAAUUCAGUGAGAAACGCUAUGUGGUCCAGGUGCCGGAAGACAUGAGCCCUAACACUGAGAUCCUGCAGGUCACUGCCACAGAUCAGGACAGAGGAGGCAACGCCGUUGUUCAUUUCAGCAUCAUGAGCGGAAACACCCGCGGGCAGUUUUAUAUUGAUGCUCAGACGGGUAAAAUGGACCUGGUGAGCCACCUGGAUUAUGAGGCUAACAAAGAGUACACACUAAGAAUCAGAGCUCAGGAUGGAGGACGCCCUCCGCUGUCCAACAUCAGCGGCCUGGUCACAGUGCAGGUGCUGGAUGUUAAUGACAAUGCCCCCAUUUUUGUCAGCACCCCAUUCCAGGCCACUGUGCUGGAAAACGUGCCUCUCGGUUACUCCAUCAUCCACAUCCAAGCUGUGGAUGCAGACUCUGGAGAAAACUCCAGGCUGGCGUAUCGCCUCACUGAAACAACACCACACUUCCCCUUCUCAAUUAAUAAUAGCACAGGAUGGAUUGUUGUGGCGGCUGAGCUGGAUAGGGAGAGUGUGGAUUUUUACAACUUUGGAGUGGAGGCACGUGAUCAUGGCUAUCCUAUCAUGUCAUCCUCAGCCAGUAUCAGCAUGACGAUUCUAGAUGUUAAUGACAACAACCCAGAGUUCACUCAGAAGGCGUAUUACAUGCGACUGAAUGAAGAUGCAGCCGUGGGGACCAGCGUAGUGACAGUGUCAGCUGUGGAUCAGGACAUCAACAGUGUGGUGACGUAUCAGAUAUCCAGUGGAAACACCCGCAACAGAUUCUCCAUCACGAGUCAGAGCGGAGGCGGACUCAUCACACUGGCACUGCCGCUAGACUACAAACUAGAACGGCAAUACGUCCUUACAGUCACCGCCAGUGACGGAACUCUCUUUGACACCACUAAGGUGUUUGUCAACGUCACAGAUGCCAACACACACCGGCCCGUGUUUCAGAGCUCACAUUACACUGUCAACAUAAACGAGGACAGACCUGUGGGCACCACUGUGGUUGUAAUAAGCGCCACAGAUGAAGAUACAGGUGAGAAUGCACGCAUUACCUACUAUAUGGAUGACAGCAUCCCUCAGUUUGACAUUGACCCAGAUACAGGAGCUGUUACCACACAGAUGGAGCUGGACUACGAGGACCAGGUUUCAUACACACUAGCCAUCACCGCUCGGGACAACGGCAUCCCACAGAAGUCUGACACAACUUAUCUGGAGAUACUGGUGAAUGACGUCAAUGACAACUCCCCUCGUUUCCUCAGAGACAACUAUGUGGGCUCUGUGAUGGAAGAUGUGCCGGUGUUCACCAGUGUGGUGCAGGUUUCUGCCAUCGACAGAGACUCUGGGCUCAACGGCCGUGUUUUCUAUACUUUCCAGGGUGGGGAGGAUGGUGAUGGAGACUUCAUAAUUGAAUCUACCUCCGGUAUUGUUCGCACACUGCGAAGACUAGACAGAGAAAAUGUGCCCAUUUACAGCCUGCAAGCCUUUGCUGUAGAUAAAGGUGUUCCUGCUCUCAAAACACCAGUAAACAUUCAGGUUACCAUACUAGAUGUGAAUGACAACCCCCCUGUGUUUGAGAAAGAUGAGUUUGACAUUAUGGUAGAAGAAAAUAGCCCCAUAGGCCUUGUGGUUGCCCACAUAUCAGCCACAGACCCAGAUGAAGGCAGUAAUGCACAGAUAAUGUAUCAGAUAGUGGAAGGAAACAUCCCGGAGGUGUUUCAGCUGGAUAUUUUCUCUGGAGAAUUGACUGCUUUAAUAGACCUGGACUAUGAGAUGAAGUCUGAGUACAUCAUUGUGGUCCAGGCCACCUCCGCCCCUCUGGUCAGCCGAGCUACCAUUCACAUCAAACUUGUCGACAAGAACGACAACGUGCCUGUGCUCAAAAACUUCCAGAUCAUCUUCAACAACUAUGUGACGGACAAGUCGAGCAGCUUCCCCACAGGAGUGAUAGGACGCAUCCCUGCCUUUGACCCUGAUGUCUCAGAUCAGCUCCACUACAGCUUCGAAGUGGGAAACGAGCUGAACCUAGUCCUCCUGAACCAAAGCACAGGGGAGAUCCAGCUGAGCCAAGCCCUGGAUAACAACCGGCCCCUGGAGGCCUCCAUGAGGAUCUCAGUGUCAGAUGGCGUCCAUUCUGUGUCAGCUCAGUGCCUUCUCCAAGUCACCAUCAUUACAGAUGAGAUGCUGUCCAACAGCAUCACACUGCGUCUAGCCAACACCUCCCAGGAGCACUUCCUGUCUCUGCUACUCUCACAGUUUCUGGACGGUGUUGCUCGGGUCUUGUCUGCUUCUCCUGAAGAUGUUGUCAUCUUCAACAUCCAAGAUGAUACUGAUGUCAGCGCUCGCAUCCUCAAUGUCAGCUUAUCUGUGGCUGUACCCGUAUUUGGAGAGGGGCACCAGCGUUCCGGUGGGCUUGGAGAGGAAAGGCUUGGGAGAGGACUUGAAACCGGAGAGUUCUUUGGUUCAGAGGAGCUCCAGGAGAGGCUGUAUUUGAACCGCAGCCUUCUGGCUCAGAUCUCCUCCCAGGAAGUUCUUCCCUUUGAUGACAACAUCUGCCUGCGGGAGCCAUGUGAGAACUACAUGAAGUGUGUGUCUGUGCUGAAGUUCGACAGCCUGGCGCCGUUCGUCGCGUCCGACACCAUUCUGUUUAGGCCCAUCCACCCCAUCGCUGGGCUUCGUUGCCGCUGUCCCACCGGCUUCACGGGAGACUACUGUGAGACUGAGAUUGACCUCUGCUAUUCCAAACCAUGUGGAGCCCAUGGUGUGUGCCGCAGCAGGGAGGGGGGCUUCACCUGCGAGUGCUUUGAGGAUUAUACAGGGGAGCGCUGCGAGCUGUCGUCCCGCUCAGGCCGCUGUGCUGCAGGAGUUUGCAAAAAUGGAGGCACCUGUGUCAACCUUCUUGUUGGCGGGUUUAAGUGUGAGUGUCCACCGGGUGGUUUUGAGAGGCCCUACUGUGAGAUGACCACGCGCAACUUUCCCCCAAAUUCCUUCCUGACCUUCAAGGGUCUCCGUCAGCGCUUUCACUUCACCCUCUCACUCACAUUUGCCACCAAAGAGUCUGACGGUUUGUUGCUCUACAACGGCCGCUUCAACGAGAAGCACGACUUCAUCGCCAUGGAGAUCAUCAAUGAGCAGAUACAGCUCACUUUCUCUGCAGGAGAAACCAAGACUACAGUUUCCCCAUUCAUCCUGGGAGGUGUGAGUGAUGGCCAGUGGCAUGUUGUGGAGGUUCACUACUACAACAAGCCGAUCUUCAACCAGGCCGGCCUGCCACAGGGUCCCUCAGAUCAGAAAGUCGUCGUAGUGACAGUGGAUAACUGUGACACCUCCAUGGCGCUGAGGUUUGGUCACAUGAUCGGAAACUACACCUGCUCUGCUCAGGGCAGCCAGUCAGGAUCCAAAAAAUCUCUGGACCUGACCGGGCCCCUGCUGCUUGGAGGAGUCCCUAAACUCCCUGAAGAUUUUCCUGUUCGCAACCAUCAGUUUGUGGGAUGUAUGAAGAACCUGCGUAUAGACAACCAGCACAUAGACAUGGCCAGCUUCAUUGCUAACAAUGGCACUCUGCCAGGAUGCUCUGCCAAGAGACAUUUCUGCAACAAUAACCCAUGUCUGAACGGAGCCACCUGUGUGAACCUGUGGGGCUCCUUCAGCUGCGACUGCCCGCUUGGAUUUGGAGGACAGAACUGUGAAAGAGUCAUGGCCAACCCGCUGCGUUUCCAGGGUAACAGCCUGUUGCAGUGGAACAACCUGGAGGCGGUAGCAGCCUCAGUCCUCUGGCACAUAGAGCUCAUGUUCCGCACCCGUCAAUCCACGGCAACGCUGCUUCACAUCUCCUCCGGCCUGAAGCACAAUCUCACACUACAGCUGCGAGGGGGGAGUGUGUUGAUGGGGCUUCACAGGGGGGAGGACUCCACUCUCUCCCGUGUAGAGGAAGUGCUGGUGAACGAUGGAGACUGGCACCACUUGCAGCUGGAUAUCAGCAGUCUGGGAGGAGCGGCAAGCCACUACAAGGCAGUGUUGUCUUUAGACCAUGGGCUCUACCUGGCCACUAUGGAGGUGGAUGGGAAGCUGCGGGACUCCAAACUGAAGACUGUUAGCAUUGGUGGUUUAGCAAAACCUGAUGGGAAAGUUCAACAUGGCUUCCGUGGCUGCAUCCAGGGUCUGCGUGUUGGUGGGGCUCUGAGUCUGUCUCAGGCGAGGAAGGUGAAUUUGGAGCAGGGCUGCAGCAUGCCAGAUCCCUGCAGCUCUAACCCAUGUCCUGCCAACAGUUACUGCAGCGAUGACUGGGACAGCUACUCCUGCACCUGCCUCAGCGGUUACUACGGCAUCAACUGCACUGACGUGUGCUCACUAAACCCCUGUGAGCAUCAGUCAACAUGCACCAGGAAGCCAAGCGUCAGUCGUGGUUAUACCUGCGAUUGCCCCAGAAACUACUUUGGAAGAUACUGCGAGAAAAAGACUGACCUGCCGUGUCCAAGAGGUUGGUGGGGUCACAAAACCUGUGGCCCCUGUAACUGCCCAACAAACAAAGGUUUUGAUUCUGACUGCAACAAGACAAGCGGAGAGUGCCGCUGCAAGGACAACCACUACCGUCUCGAAGGCAGCGACACGUGCCUGCUAUGUGACUGCUACCCAGUCGGCUCUUUCUCCAGAGCUUGUGACAGAGAAACGGGACAAUGUCAGUGUAAACCCGGCGUUAUAGGACGUCAGUGUGAUCGCUGCGACAACCCGUUUGCUGAGGUGUCUCUUAACGGCUGCGAAGUAAUCUAUGACAGUUGCCCUCAGGCCAUUGAGGCUGGAAUAUGGUGGCCCAGGACUAAGUUUGGUCUUCCUGCUGCCGUUCCCUGUCCCAAGGGGACUCUUGGCACAGCCAUCCGACACUGUGACGAGCACAAGGGCUGGCUGCCUCCUAAUCUUUUCAACUGUACCUCAGCUACCUUCAUCAAGCUGAAAGCCCUGUCUGAAAGCUUUCACCGCAAUGUAUCGCUCCUCAACUCUGGAAAUGUGCAGCAGACAGCAGCCAUGUUGGCCAAUGCCACCUUGCACACUGAGAAGUUCUACGGUAGUGACGUGAAAGUGGCCUACUGGCUCAUACAGAGUCUGCUGCAGCACGAGAGCAGCCAGCAGGGCUUCAACCUCACAGCUACGCAGGACGUCCACUUCACUGAGAAUCUGGUGCGUGUGGGCAGCGCCAUCCUUUCUCCAGACACACGACCACACUGGGAGCUCAUCCAACACUUGGAAGGCGGCACGGCGGCGCUCCUGCGCCACUUUGAAGAAUACGCAAACACACUGGCACAGAACAUGAGGAAGACAUACCUGAGUCCCUUCACCAUUGUCACACCACACAUAGUCAUCUCUGUAGACCGUCUAAAAAAGAUGAACUUUGCUGGAGCCAAACUCCCACGGUACCAGUCCCUGAGGGGCCCGCGUCCUGCAGACCAGGAGACAGCCGUCACCCUCCCCGAUUCAGUUUUUCAACCACCAGUGGACACCAAGGGCCACAGACACCUUGAUGUCUUCCCAGAGACCUCGCUGAGGAACCAGUCAGCUACCAGGAAGAGACGGCACCCAGAUGAAGACCAUCAGGACGCCAUCGCCAGCGUGAUCAUCUUCCACAGCCUUGCCUCGCUGUUACCAGAGAGCUACGAUCCAGACAAGAGAAGUCUGCGAGUCCCGAAGCGUCCGGUCAUCAACACACCCGUGGUCAGCAUCACAGUCCACGACAAUGACGAGCUUCUGCAGCACACGCUGGACAAACCCAUCAAUGUGCAGUUCCGCUUGAUCACCACCGAGGAGCGCUCCAAACCCAUCUGUGUCUUCUGGAACCACACCAUACUAGCUGGAAAUGGUGGCUGGUCGGCAAAAGGCUGCGAGGUGGUUUUCAGAAACAGCACCCACAUCAGCUGUCAGUGUUAUCACAUGACCAGCUUUGCUGUGCUGAUGGAUAUCUCCAGGAGGGAGAACGGAGAGAUCCUGCCCAUCAAAAUCCUGACAUGGAGCACAGCUGGAGUGACGCUGGGCUUCCUCUUCCUCACCACAAUCUUCCUCCUGUGCCUGAGAGCGAUGCAAUGCAACAAAACUAGUAUAAUCAACAACGGAACCACGGCCCUCUUCUUCUCUGAGCUCAUCUUCAUCUUGGGCAUCAACCAGGCUGACAACCCAUUUCUCUGCACAGUCAUCGCCAUCCUGCUGCACUUCUUCUACCUUUGCUGUUUCUCCUGGCUUUUCCUGGAGGGACUGCAUGUGUACCGCAUGAUCUGCGAAGUGCGAGACAUUAACUACGGACCCAUGAGAUUCUACUACCUGAUUGGCUGGGGCGUUCCUGCCUUCAUCACAGGUUUGGCAGUGGGACUGGACCCAGAAGGCUACGGGAACCCCGACUUCUGUUGGCUCUCAAUGUACGACACCCUGAUCUGGAGCUUUGCUGGACCAAUAGCCAUGGUGGUGUCGAUGAACAUCUUCCUGUAUAUCCUGUCAUCCAGAGCCUCCUGCUCACUGAGACAUCACAGCAUUGAGAAGAAGGAGCCUUGUGUCUCAGGCCUGAAAACUGCAGGCGGCGUCCUCUUCCUGGUUUCAGCCACAUGUUUUCUAGCUCUCCUCUCAGUGAACAGCGAUAUGAUAAUCUUCCACUACCUGUUCGCAGGCUUCAACUGUGUACAGGGUCCUUUUGUUUUUUUCUUCCGCAUCGUCUUCAAUAAAGAGGCAAGGGAUGCAAUGAAGUACUGCUGCAGCCGCAAGCGUCCAGAUCACAUGAUCAAAUCCAAGGCUUCUAGCUAUAAAUCCAACACAAACUACAUGGACGGCAGGUUGUACCACCUCCCCUUUGGUGACUCCAGUGUGUCUCUGAAUGGCACCAUGCAGAGCGGCAAGAGUCAGCAGAGCUAUGUGCCAUUUGUUCUCCGGGAUGAUGGAUUGAAUAGCAGCCAAGCACACAUCGCUCUAAACGACCACACGUCACUCUUCCAUGAAACGAAGAAGCACCUGGAUGAACGUGACAGUGACUCAGACAGCGAUCUGUCUCUGGAGGACGACCAGAGCGGCUCUUAUGCCUCCACACACUCCUCUGACAGCGAAGAUGAGGAGGGUCCCCUCCCCCCAGACGAAUGCUGGGAAAACCUGGCGUCCAAUGGUGCUAAGAGACCCCAGCCACACGACAACAGUUUGAGUAAGAUGUACUGGCCUGACGAUUACGCAGCAGUAGUCGGUGAUGGCGAGUUUGCAGGUGUAGACAGAAUGAAGAUGGAAAUUUCAGAGCCAGUCCUUGGCCGUAGCAUAAGGACAUCAUCAGACGACAGGUCGCCGGACUCCAUGCUGCUGCCUAUGCCCCCGAUCCUCAGCGUCCACCCUCAUAAAGGGAUUCUUAAGAAGAAGCAGCUUUCUCCUAUUGUAGAGAGGAAUGGUCCACAUCACAUCCACAAUGAGCUUUGUGACAGCGCUCCAGGGUCAGCAUCCCCACAGGGAUCUUCUUCCAGUGAUAAUCGAGCUGGCCCCGCUAAACCCAGCCUGCCUGAGAAGCUGAACGGCGUUGCCCUGAGCAUCAAGGCGGGUACAGUGGAUGGAGACUCGUCAGGUUCAGAAUUUUUAUUCUUUAAUUUUAUCCCAUGAAGCUCUGAUCCUCAUUUAAUAUCAGGAUCACUGUCUUCAAAUUGGUGCAUCAUUUUAGCAUCAGUCACCAGCCUGUCUGUGUCUGAGGGUGUGCGUUUGUGUGCAUGUGUGUGUGCACGUUUCAUCAUCUCACAUAUUUAUUUUUAUUUAUUUUUGUAUUAUUCCUUGUGUUGCAUUUGUCUCUAACACGCUCCAUUAAUCGCGACUUCACCCACCUCCUCCAUCUCCUUGCACCAUCCUGUUUUCCCAGCAGCCACUGCAACACCUCCAUGUGACCUCGUUGACGGCCGGGUGUGUCUUUGCAGGUCAUAGAGCCUCAGUCCUCAACAGUGACUGCAAACCAGGAGCAACAGACUUCCCUGUAAAAAAAAAAAAAAAAAUUGGAAAAAGGAGAAAAGGAGGAACCCCACCCUUCCCCUUCCUCUCAAUCAUCGCUGAAGGAGUGUGUGCACAUUGUUCUCUACUGAGUGAAUGGAUGCGUGUGUACAUGUAUGAAUUUAUACAUGUGUGCCAAACUUCAAGAGCCACUGCACACGAUCAGAAAAAGUUUCCCUUUAAAGAAAUUGUUUUGUUUACAUACUUGAAGCAUUGCACUUUUUUUUUAAUUUACUGCCCAGAUUUGUUGGUGGUCAAUUUUUUUUUAGUUUUAUAUUCUUUUUUGUUUGUUUGUUUUGGUUCCAGGAUAAUUAUAUUGUUGGACAAUAAAGAUGUCAUGCUUUUCGGGUGGGUCAUUAAGUUGUAGACUUGCAAACAUUCAGGGAAAUAUCCUUCUUCAUACGUACCUUUUUUGUGAUGUCUCUGGUUGCUGUGUGAGCUGCUGGCAUCUGUGCCAGUUGGAAAAGGUCACACUCAGGUUAUUGAGUUAUGUCACAUGGCUGAAAUGUCAAAGAGGCACAGGACGAUGGACUGUGGGUCGUCAAUGGACGCCGGGGAUCUUUGUAUUCAUGGCCGCUGAACUGAACUUGAAAACAGCAGAAAAAAAAUCUGCUCCACAUAAGCUACGUCGCAUCACUGAAGAUUGUCUCCAGAAGCAACAGAAUCACAGACUGAAAGCCUUCAAGAGAUCAAAACUGCAUGUGCAGACGACUCAAAGGACUUUUGAAACACAUUUUUGUUUUUGUAAAUCACUGGGAGCACAUUUUUUUUUACAGAUGCUCUCACAUUUCAUUUUAUCUGAGGGAUGAACACAUUCGAGUUCAGUGACUAAAAAGUUGCAUUUUAUAGACUAGAAACAAAACUUUGUCCUUUAUUAAAAAAAGAAAAAAAAUAUGCAGACUUGAGCUGCAAUUCUAUCUGAGCUGUAAUCCAUUUCUACUGUACAGAGUGACUGUAAAUGAAUCAAGAAAAUAUCUUUAAAUGUAAGUAGGAAUCACUAUUGAUGCUCUGAAGGAAAGAUCCUCUAGGAGUUACUUUGUCAUUCAGAUUGAUGUGAAACUUGUUGAUGCCAUUUUACCAACCACGUGAACUUAAUGUAUAAAUUCCAUGCCAUAAGAAGCAACACUACUACAUCAGUCAUGGUGUUAUAACACUGCUGUCCAAACAGAGAAUUGUCUCUUUUACUCUGCUCUUGUUUUUACCAAUUAAAAUAUUUUCUACCA